UUCUCCUAGACUCUCAAUCAAUCGUCCGCCGUCUUGACCUACAACUUCAUUAUUAUAAUCUUAAGACGCGGCAAAUCGACACGCAAGGGACUCCCUAGGAUCAUUGAUUCGCUAUCAGGCCUUUAUGGAAGUUAGUAUACGUCAGUAUCUUUACUACUUACGCGUUCAUCUCCAUGACUAUGUUUUUCCCAACUUCAGGCCACACUUACUAGUAAUAAGCUUCGGACUUGUGUACGAUGCUCGAAGUCUGAUCACAAUAACCGAACGUAUCUCAUAAAAUGCUCGGUGUGCGAACGGUCUUGGCAUCAUUCAUGUCAUAUUCCACCCGUAGAAGACGAGAAGCUCAUUGAUAUGAUGAUGAUCGCCAGUAGGGAUAGAAAUCAUAAGGAUGGGUUGGACGCUUGGAAAUGCCGGAGAUGCUCGAAACGCGUUGCAGGACCCAGUACUGCACCUGCAACCAGCGUCACUGCGAGCCGUAAACAAGCAGAUCAGUUGCAAUUUGAGCCGAAGGUAGAAAUAAAGGAUGUCAAACCACACAUGGGUCCCAUAGUCUCGACGUCCCACGCGUCUUUGAGCGAGGCAGGUCCGUCUGUGGUCAAAGCUGAACGAAAACAAGCUAAGAACGAUGCUCCGGCCAUGGCAGCUCCCCGGCCCACAAAAGUUGAGAAAAAGCCAGCAAUCCUAGUUUCACAACAUGCCGAGACAGACUACAUCGACUUGACUGAAUCUCCUGCUCAACCGAUUGGUAGGACGUCCUCACAUCCAUUCAUGAAUCAUCAUGUCUCCAGUGCUGGACCUUCCUCUCAACAACGAAAUAUAGCGUUAACUUCAUAUCGGGAUCAAGCUCGUUCACCAAGUCUCUCUUCAUACCGCUCUUCCUCAAUUGCAUCAACUCUUACUACCCCCUCCAACACUGCUUCUCCUCGGUCGAGCAUAAGUCGAGGUCCCUCAACGCCCUUUGCGGAAAUGUCUAUCAAAGACAGAAGUGACCCUAUUGCAAGUACAUCUCGACCUCGGGAGCAUUUAGAUACACCACCAGCCCCACGUCAACCACUUAGAGAAGUAGACCAGUCAAAGACAUCUGCUGCUCUACCUUAUGUUGGCGGCAAAGUGGAUAUAUCUGCACUCGUUCGAACGUUGCGGGCUGAAGGGAAACUCAAUGCUCCUCCAUCUUACCUUCUUGACGCAACCAGAAGCACUACAAUAAUCCCAACUCGUAAAGACCCUGAGUUUGUCAUUAUAGACAAUGACAUCAAGAUGCGUGAAGUAAACGAAGACAUUCGUGAUUCAACCCCUCGGCGUAUCCCAUCACACAGGGACACUAUGUCCGCCGAGCGGUCAACACGAACACCCUCUGCGCGGUCGUCGGAGUCGGGUUCCAUGCCUCCUGUACCACUGGGCUUGGCUCCAGAGUGGAUGCGACAAAUGGACGCAGAUAGACAGAAGGGCGAGCGAGAUGAUCUUGAUCGUCUGUUAGCCAAAUCCGCUCGUGUUCGUCAGCGACAAUACCAAGAGAAGUCGGAGACCACGGCAAGAAGAAAGCCUGUGGCGAGGAGAUUAGGACCUAAAGGUAGAAAGAUGAGGGAAGCGCAGGGUGUGCAGUUCCUAGUUCGCGAAUGGAUUAGCGAGAAUAAACAUCCCGAUUGAAUAUUGAGAGGCC